UGACAAUACAUGAGGAACUAUGAGAACAGAUCAACCGGAGUUUGUGCUUACACAGAGGAGGUCGUGGUGGAUCUCCAGCUGGCUGCCGUCCUGGUGUCCCACCUCGCUCUCUCAUCUUAUUAAAGCAGAAAACACAAUCCUGAAAUCCAUCAAAGUGAAGUUUACUCAAGGAUAUGUUCCCAUAUCUAAUGGCAACUACAUAUGGACUCUUGGCUUUAAUGAAAGAGAGCGCUCACCUGACGUCUCAGCCUCUGGGGUUCAGUGCCAUCAGGUCCCACUGGUGCUUUUACAUGGUUUUGGGGGUGGAGUGGGUCUGUGGGUAAAAAACCUACCUGCCCUUGCACUGGAAGGAAGGCCCGUGUUUGCCCUGGAUAUGUUGGGUUUUGGACGCAGCAGUCGACCGACUUUUGGCAGGGAUGCCAAGGAUGCGGAGGAGCAGUUUGUACAAGCCCUGGAGGACUGGAGAAGAGCAGAGGGGUUGGAACAUAUGAUUCUUCUGGGCCAUGAUCUUGGAGGAUAUGUGUCUACUGCAUAUGCCCUGAAAUAUCCUGACAGAUUGAAGCACUUAGUGUUGGUGGAGCCAUGGGGUUUUGCAGCAAGACCAAAUGUUCAGGAGCGUUGGGUUCCAGUCUGGAUUAAAGUAUUCGGGGCAGCAAUGAAUCCAUUUAAUCCUCUUGGUCUGCUUAGGCUGGCAGGCCCGCUGGGUCCUUUGUUGCUACAGCUUUUGCGAUCAGAUUUUAAGCAGAAAUAUGCUUCUGUAUUUGCCGAUGACACGGUGACUGAUUACAUUUACCACGUGAACGCGCAAACGGCCAGCGGUGAGACGGCGUUUAAAAACAUGACAAUCCCAUACGCAUGGCCUCAGCACCCCAUGAUGGAUCGCGUCGAGAUGAUCAGUCCCUCUCUUUCUAUGACCUUCAUCUACGGAUCACGUUCCAGCUUCGAUGACCAAUCAGGAAAAGCCAUUCAAGAGAUGAGACCCAACUCACACACAGAAAUCAUAGUCAUCCAAGGUGGGGGUCACUAUGUAUUCGCUGACCAAUCGGACGACUUCAACCAGGCGGUGCACAAGAUAUGCAAUAAUGUCAAGCACAUAAUCAAUGGGAAGGAUGAAUGAGAAAGAGAAAUGAACAAAAAAAUGCAUGGUAGAGUGAUUAUGAGCCCAAGUCGUGUGUAAGGGACAGAGUUGUGAAAUGAGAGACAGAGGAAGAUGAGGUAGAAAAAAAUACAAAAGGAAACUGAAAACUUCUUUCUCUAUCAUUUAUAGCUUUUGCAAGCGUAUGUUGUACUGUUUUAAAAUGUAGGGCCCUAUUUCAAUAAUCUAAGGUCAAGGUCUAAAGCACUCGUACACUUAGUCCAUGUUCACUUUUGCUAUUUAAAUGAAAGGAAAAACUUCUAGAAAGGUUGUCCCUAUUUUCUUAAUAAUGGGUGUGUUUUAGGCAUAAUGUGCAAUAAACCAAUCAUAGUCUCAUCUCCCAUUCCCUUAAACAGCCAAUGACGGCUUUGCUACUUACAUGGCGAAUUUACAAAUUCAAAGACUGAAUGCAAGUGAAUAUGUUCCUUAUUUACGAUACAUGCAAUUAAUAUCUAUUAUGACAUGUAGGCAUUUUUUAUUUAUGUAGCCUACACAAUAAUAAUAUGUUACACGGUAAUCCUUUAAUUUUCAAUAUUUAUCAUGUUUGUGUGCUGCUGCUGUAUGUGUGUGUGUAAUAAGCAGAGUGUACACACGUUGUGGACCUGCAUAUACUAACACGCUCUUUAAAUAACAACAAAAAAAUACUAUUUAACUUGCCUCAAAAUAGCAACGCGCCACCAAUGUGCCUGAACACACCUCGUUUUCACACCAGCAUGCCCAUGAGCACUUAAACUGGCGCAAAUGCAUUUGCUAUUAAAACAACGUUGUGUAAGUGAAAAUAAUUUAACGUUAUUAGUACUUUUUUUUUAUAUUACCAUCUUACUAAUACUUAUUCACUAAUUCAUUGCUUAUUCUAGUACUAAAAAGUUACUACUACUUAUUAAGUACUAUACUUAUUAAGUACUUAAGAUACUCAUUAAAGGAACAGUUCACCCAAAAACGAACAUUCAGAAAAUUCAUAUAGAUUUGGAACUACUCGAGGGUGAGUAAAUGAUUACAGACUUCUUCAUUAGAUACAAAAAAAAAUAAUAUUUCAGUAGUGAGUAGUAGCUUCUAUUUUGUUACUAAUAACAAAUUUAAAAAAAAAAAAAAAAAAAAAACAUGACCAUCAUUGAGAUAUCAACUAUUCAGUUUUGACUAGUAUGUAUUCUACUAGCGACUGUAGACUUUAAUUUGUAUGUGCUAGUAGUAAUUCAAUAGAUACAUGCUGCACUCACACCAUGUCGUAAUUCCGAGAAGAUAACAUGACAUUAUCUAAAUUAUGUGUUUCUAUGGCAACACUAUCAACUCCAAAGCCCAAACCAAAGCCCUCAAAUGCUCCUGAACUUGUAAUCGCUUAACUUGUAGGUUAUACUAUUUAGUUAUAAUUGUAAAAUUAUGUUUAUAUAGAUUAUAUAGAUCAAUGUAUUCAUCCAUGUUGAUGAAGCUUAAAUAGACCAAAAAAAUAAUCUUUGUAUAAUUUAGCAUCUUUAGGCAGAGCUGCCCAGCCUUUCAACUAUUUUGAGGAUUUUGGGGUGUGUACUAUCAAUAGCAACAUUAAUAUUGUUAAUAUUCAUUUUA